AUGCCUCGACACCUGUCUAUCUUCUUCGACUGCAACUACAUUCGUGAGCGCGUGUGCCUUUCCGGCCGUGGUCUUGAACAUAGUGAAGCUAUGCCUGAACGAGAUACAAAGUUGCCUAACAUCAAGUGUACCUCUUUACACAAGCCUGACGUUAUCGGAGCUCACAGAUACGAGUUCUUUGUACACGGCACUGAUUUGGCGAAGAAGUAUGGGAAGGUUGCCUUACAUGAUGAGGAAACCAAAGAAAUCUUGGCACUUAUUAAUGGCUCCUCUGAAUCCUCGCUGGAGGCUCUGUUGGCAAAGUUUGGGCACAGUGAUGCGAAGGAGGGGGAGAUUCAAGAUGAGUAG